AUGUUUAGUCGUUUGAAGCAAAAGGUGAAGGAGAAGACCGGCCGUGCACAAGCGACAGCGUACCCAGACGAUGUAGCAGCACUUGUCGCCUAUUUUAAAGACACCGCUUCUCGAGUGAAAACAUUGAACAGUAGUGUUUCAGAAAUCACCGAUAUGAUCAAAAACCAGAAACGCGAAAAAGGGCUCGAUGUCAUUCAAGAACUGUCGCAGUCGGGAAAUUCGGCGCUAAAAUUGGAGGCGCUCGUGGCGAAUUUCCAAAAACGCCUUCAAGCGGAGACGGAAGCCACCGCCAAGAUCAACAACGAAAUCGACAAAUUCAAAACAUAUUUGAGCGCCGAAUGCAAAGCCCAGGGCCAUGUGUUGUCGGAAUUGAAUAAGCGCCGACUCGAUAUGGACGUCGCUUUGGGAGCUUAUAAUGAUAAUGAUACCGAGCAAAACAAGCUGAAAAGUGAGCAGGCUCAGAGGGAUUAUGAAGCGAGUUGCGCAAAGUCGCUCGACGGCUAA